UUUUAAGCUCUAAAUCCCAAAAAUAACUGACAACAGAACCCAUGUUUCGGUUGUUCGGUUACUUUUCCUUCCCCUCUCUCUUCCUUUUCCUCUGUUUUCUCCCUUGUUUUUGCUUUCCCGCCAGAUUCACACCAGGACAAGUAACCGUCAUAACGACCGAUGAUCACAACGCUACGUGGCAUGGUUUUACUCGCUUUAAGGACGCCGAGAAAGGUAGCCGCGUCAGUGGCAUGUCGGAACUCAAGAAAUAUUUCCAACGGUUCGGUUACCUGUCGAUUCCCGACAACCAAAACUGUAGCUUCACCGACGUUUUCGAUGCUCAAUUCGAAUCAGCCGUUGUUUUAUACCAAAAAAAGUUCGGAUUGCCGGUGACCGGAAAGCUUGAUUCCGAUACGUUAUCGGAAAUUAUGUCCCCCAGGUGCGGCGUUUCCGACACAGGUCCGAAAGUCCGUGCAACCAAACAUUUUGCCUAUUUUUACGGAAGUCCAAGAUGGGAGCGUGGGUCGUCGAUGACUUUAACCUACGCUUUUUCGCCUUGGAAUAUGAUCGAUUACAUAAGCUUACCAGAAAUCAGAGGAGUGUUUCGACGCUCGUUUUCAAAGUGGGCUUCAGUGAUUCCGGUGAAUUUCACGGAGAUAGAAGAUUACGGAUCGGCCAAUAUCAAGAUCGGAUUUUUCAGGGGAGAUCACGGCGACGGAGAACCGUUCGAUGGAGUAUUAGGAGUUUUAGCUCAUGCUUUUUCACCAGAGAACGGGAGGUUCCACCUGGAUGAAGCUGAAACGUGGGCCGUUGAUAUCGGGAAAGUGAAAUCAAAAGUGGCUGUUGACUUGGAAUCAGUGGCGACGCAUGAGAUUGGGCAUAUACUCGGCUUAGCCCAUAGCUCGGUGAAGGAAGCGGUGAUGUAUCCGAGCUUGAGGCCUCGGAGCAGAAAAGCCGAUCUUAAACUUGACGAUGUACAAGGUAUUCAAGCCUUGUAUGGAUCAAACCCUAAUUUCAGAUACAGCUCUUUGUUAGAGUCUGAAAAUUCUUCCAACAAAGCUAUCGGCUUGCAUCCUAGAUCAUGUAGCCGCACGUUUUCAUGGGUACUGCUAGUUUUUCUUCUUCUUUUCAUGAUUACAUAA